CAGGAACAAUAUUAAGUUUUUAAAGUUUUUUAUAAUUUAGCUUAGUUCUUAUUUUUUUUGGCGAAGAUGGAUAUGGAGCAGCAACCCGAUAACAACUCAAACAAGAACAGGAAAUGCACAGACAUCUACGCUCCGAUCGCUUGGUUCAUACUUCUUUUCUCAGUCAUUGCUUACUGCUUGAUAUUCUCAAACUCAAGUAUUUUGACAAAAGGACGUGAUGAAUGUGGAAAUGUCUGUGGUGAAUUAAAUGAUGGAAAUUUGAAUGAUCAAUGUGGUCCACACGACAUGCGAAACUACCCAAAACUUCUCAAUCAACGUCACGUAAACAAGUCAUGGAUCAUCGAGUACAAAUGUGUAACAGACUGUCCUCAAAACAUCCCAGACAACUUCAUUCAGUGCUGGGAAAAAGGAGAUUUCCUAAAAGUUCCAAAUUUUCUAACCGAUUAUGGAAUGAAAGUUAAUGCCUUUUUAAGAUACAUGAUGACAUCCUGGAUUGGACUUGGAAUUUAUUGUGCAUUUUCGUUUUUAUUUUCUAUUAUCAUCUUGAUUCUGCUUAGAUUUAUACCUCAAGCUACCAUUUGGGCGAUUCCGAUUUUGCUGACUGGUCUGCUUUUUCUCCUCGCUGUUCUCUCCUUUGCUUUCUCAUUUGACUCAUCAAGUGAUGGAAUUGAAUCGUAUUUGUACAUUUAUGUUGGAUUUUUUGUCAUUAUGAUGUUCGUGUUUGUGAAAAAGAUAAUUUUGGCGGGAAAAAUAUUUGGUGAAAUGACAAAAUCGAUGAUUAAGGUUCCAUGGAUUCUAAUUUUGCCGAUUUUGACCUUCUUAACCCUCACAAUUUUGAUCGCAGCCUUCCUAUUUACCUCAUUGUGGAUCGAAACUUCCGGAACCUUCUCGCCAGGCACAUCUGAAGAUGGAAAAUUCGAACUAAAAUACGAAGGUACAAAAAUCAUGAAAGUCAUUCGAAUUCUCAACAUUUUGACAUUCGCUUGGCUUGGAAAUUUCAUCAUCAAUUGUCAGCACUUCAUCAUUGCUGGAUCAGUCACAAAAUGGUAUUUUACACGUGACAAGAGUGGACUUGGUGGGAUAAACAAGUCAUCAGUGACGAAUCUUGUGAGAUUUCAUCUAGGAAGUGUCUGUUUUGGAUCUGUUGUGGUUCCUGUUGUGAGACUCAUUCAUUUUGGAUUCAGGAUUGUUAAGUGCAUAAAAGCUUCAGUAAACUUUUGCUUCAAAGGAAUGCAGCCACAAAGAUGUAAUCAGGAAUUCGAUUCAAUUGACAAAAUAUUUGGAAUCUACACUAAAAGUUCCUACGUUUUAAUAGACAGUCAUGGAACUUCAUUUUGGGAAUCUGGAAAGAAAAGCUACGAUUUGGUUCUAGAAAAUCUUGGAGACAUCUAUUGGCUUAAUCUAUUUAAAGAUAUUUUGCUGCUACUUAAUCAAAUGUUUGUUCCUUUUGUGGGAAUAUUUGCUGGACUCUUUAUUGUUGUAAUUUUUGAGAAGCUGCCAAUUAAAGAUCAAAUUUUAAAUCUAAUUUCUUUCUCAGGACUCUAAAGCAUCUCAAUUCACUGCCAUAUCACCAGCAUCUGUUGAUCUAAUUUUCACCUUCCUAAUAGCUCACUGCUUCUUUAUGGCUUUUGGAGUGACAAUUGACACGAUCUUACUAUGCUGUUGCAUCGAUUUUAAAGAGAAUAGUUUAGAAUCUAAGUCGUAUUUUAUGAGACAAGAAAUGAGGAAGCUUGUAAUGAAAAUAAGGAAACAUCAUGGACUGGAAGUGAGUUUAAGUCAAGAUGAAGUGACGGGCAACAUGAUGCCAAUGUUGGACCGAUAAUUUUUUAGAACAUUUUGUACUUAAUUAAUGAUUUUGUAAGAUUAAAGACUAAGCGUGAU